AGUCACUGUCUCCAGACACAGUUCCGACAGCCCCAACGGCCUAGUGUUUGUCCGAGCAUGACAGUUACAUAUGAGAACUUCCAGAACUUGUGGAGCGAGGAGAAAAACCCAGAGACUGGAAAGGCGGCUCCUCCCCAGUCCUUCCUGUGGAAUGUCUUCUCGUGGACCCACCUCCUCCUCUUCUCCCUGGGCCUUGGCUUCCUGCUGCUGGUGGUUGUCUCUGUGAUUGGAUCCCAAAAUUCCCAGUUAAGGAGGGACCUAGGCACCCUGAGAGCCAGUUCAGAAAACCUCACCUCCUACAUGAAGGCUGAACUGCAGGCCCUGAACUCCAAGGGUGACAGCUUGCAAGAAAGGAUCAGUUCUCUGAAAGUGGACGUGGACGAUCACAGGCAGGAACUGCUGGCAGGCCGAGACUUGAGGCAGAAGGUGACUUCUCUGGAGAGUACAGUGGAGAAAAAGGAACAGGCCCUGAAAACAGAUCUUUCUGCAAUGAUGGAGCGUGUCCAACAGCUGGGGAAGGACUUGAAAGCCCUGUCGUGCCAGCUGGCCAGCCUCAGGAACAAUGACUCUAAAAGGACCUGCUGCCCCCUUCACUGGAUAGAACACCAAGGCAGCUGCUACUGGUUCUCUCAAACUAGGAAGUCAUGGCCUGAGGCUGACAAGUACUGCCAGCUGGAGAACGCUCACCUGGUGGUGGUCAACUCCAUGGAGGAGCAGAAUUUUCUACAGGAUAAGUUAGCCCACGUAGUCACUUGGAUGGGCCUCACAGACCAAAACGGGCCCUGGCGAUGGGUGGAUGGAACAGAACUGGAGAAAGGCUUUAAGAACUGGGCCCCAGAGCAGCCAGAUAACUGGUACGGACAUGGGCUUGGAGGAGGUGAGGACUGUGCUCAGUUCACCUCCGCUGGUAACUGGAAUGAUGACUCCUGCCAGAGGUCCUUCCGCUGGGUCUGCGAGGCAGAGCUGGCCAAGGCCGGCUAGGAGCUCCUCCACCUAACUUAUGUCUUCAGUGCCUUCAGCUGCUAAAGCCUGGAGCUUGGAAUCCUCCUACCCAGUCUCGACAUUCUUGGA